AUGUCUUAUUACAGAGACCGCACCGCUGAAUUAAGGGGUGACGACAGCGAGGACUUUGGUCCACGACGUCCACCUGCUGCCACUUUUCGAUCAGGAGGAAAUAAUUAUGGUGCCCGUAACCAACCACCUGCCGGCUAUAAUCCUCACGAAUCAUAUGAAAUGCGUUCUCCUCCAAGUUAUGCUGGUGGUGUUGGUGGUGGUGGACGACAACAACAACAGUCACCACCCAUGGCAGCAGCAGCACCUCCACCAUCACGUCCACCACCCCAAUUGGAUACAAUGGAUGGAUUCUUUCACGAGGUUGACGAUAUCAAGAAUGAGGUUGGGGCAGUAAGCGAUAAUGUGGAUCGCAUCGAAAGACUUCACACGUCUGCACUGAUGAGUUUUAACGAAGAACAAUCACGCUACAUUUCAAGAGACUUGGCCACGUUGAAAAGAGAAACACAAAAACGAAAUUUGGAUAUCAAAAAUAGGCUCAAAGAAUUGCAGGUGGCCAAUGCGAGGACCGGAAAUGCAUCGGAUGCACAAAUUCGUCAAUCUCAGACUGCUGCAUUGAGAAAACGGUUCUUGGAGACGAUUCAAAGAUACCAGGAUGUGGAGCGUCUUUAUGACCAAAAGUAUCGGCAACGUGUAGAACGCCAAAUCAGGAUUGUAAAGCCAAAUGCUACACAAGAAGAGGUCGAUCGAUUUAUAGAUUCGGAUGAUUCUCCUCAGGUGUUUGCCCAAUCGCUAAUGCAUGCCACCCGAACCAACCAAGCAAGAGCAGUAUUAUCAGAAGUACAAACACGUCAUGAUGACAUUAAGCAUAUUGAAAAGACGAUAUUGGAACUCCAUCAACUCUUUUCAGAUAUGCAAAUGAUGGUUGAGCAGCAAGGCGAAACAGUGACCAAUAUCGAGCAGCAUGCAGAGAACACGGUUGGCGAUCUAAAACAAGGCAAUUCAUUCCUUACAAGGGCUAUUGCAAGUGCACGUGCAACACGCCAUAAAAAAUGGUGCUGCUUGGUGCUUGUGAUUAUUAUUUGUGUAGUCAUCGCCAUCCUGGUUUGGUGGUUUGCAUUUGGACAUCCCGGAGCAGGUGGAAAUACAAGUAGCUAG